UUUUGUAAAUAUUUUGGAGAAUUACCUCCCCUAAAAUGAAGAUUUUUUUGGUUUCUGUUCCAGUCUCCGUUCUGUUAGUGUAAAAGGGACAGAAUUUUUCCACAGACACUGCAACAAGGAGAAUACUAGUUUCUGGAUUUGAACAUUAGAAGCAUGGCAACACCUAUGCAGUUUGACCUGAAUGAGACAGACAUGACUGAUGAAGCUAGACCUUAUGUGUGUCAGAUAUGUAAUAAACGCUUCACACAGAAAGGCCAUCUGAUGACACACAGGAGAACACAUACAGGGGAAAAACCUUACUCUUGUCAUAUCUGUAAUAAAAGAUUCUCACAGUCAUCACAUCUCAACACACAUAAGAGAAUACAUACUGGAGAAAAGCCCUAUUAUUGUACAGAAUGUGGCAUGGGAUUUUGUCGAAAAAGAAGACUUGAAAAACACAUGGUCUUACACAAUCAAUAUGAAAAUAUUAACUCUAAAAUUGAUAAUUUACACGGACUUUUACACCCAUCAUCAUCAAGAGAAUCAUCUCAACCUCUCUUCCCUAACAGAUUAAGUUCAAAUGAUUUUCCCGUACAAAAUGAAAGUUCAAAUUGUCUUAAAAGGAAGCCAGCUCAAGUUCAACACAUAAAUACUAAUCAAUUGGAUGAAACAAAUGAGGAUAGGGUAACAGAAAGGGUUGUAAUAAAACUAGAGGAUGAUAACAAUGAAAAUUUAACCGAACGGAAUCUGCUACCAGAAUCUACAAUGUUAGAGGGAGAUAACCCAACUGGGACAAUGGGAGAAAUUGAUCUGACUCAUAUAACACCUCCUUAUGAUGGGGAGGCAGAUAAUAGUGAAAUCGUAGGUGGGGAUUUUAAUAAUCUUGGAAGUUUGUCAGGAGAUGAUAUAGAUUUGGAUAGAAUAAGUCUUACAAGUGAGAGCAACGUAUCUGGAUCAGAACAAAAUCAUCCACAAUUUCCAUCUAGGCAUGGAAUAGGGUUCAGAGGUUUCCGAGGAUUUGGACGAGGGAGACCAAUGUGGCAUAGGUUUAAAAUGAGAAAACUUAAUCAACUUGAAAAUAGAAUAGAUCGAUGUAUAAUGACUUUACCACAGACACAGUCUACUAAGUCAAAUGAUACAUCUGGACAAAUUUCAUCAAAUAAUCGAGUGAACUUGGUGAAUUUUUCCAGUUCUGAUUUAUUGACCCACAUGAUGUCUAGAGAUGAUGUAUAUAAAUGUGAUUUUUGUUGUAUGAUUUUUCAGGAUGCAGCUAUGUACCAUCUACAUAAAAGCAUGCACGAUAAAAUGGAUGUUAGGUGUUGUAACUUGUGUGGUAAAAUGGCACAAGAUAAAUAUGAUUUUAUUGCUCAUUUUCUUAGUGAACAUAAAUAAUAUUAGUAUG